CACGGUCUGCAUGUGUAUGUGCAAAUGCAUGCGUGCGUCCGUGUGUGCAUGUGCUCGGCGUCGGCUCUGAGGAGAGCAUAUGGUUGUUCCUUCGCUUAAUUCCAGCAUCAUCCUCACGCGAGUAUUAGAUCCUCAUCAGUAAACAGCAACAACAAGAACAUCCCUCAUCAUCAUCAUCACCAUCAUCAACAACAACAACCACCACCACUACUACUACUACUAACUACUUCUACAUUAAGCACAGCACUAAUUCGAAGAAGCAGCAAGAUGGAAGAAGAGGGACGACCAAAGAGUCAGGAGGAGCCGAAAAGAGAGUCAAAGGAAGAACCAAAGGAAGAGGUAAAGGAAGAGUCAAAGAAGGAGCCAAAGGAAGAGUCAAAGGAAGAGACAAAGGAAAAGCCAAAGGAAGAGUCAAAGGGAGAGUCAAAGGAAGAGUCAAAGAAAGAGUCAAAGGGAGAAUCAAAGGAAGAGUCAAAGAAAGAGUCAAAGGAAGAGCCAAAAGAAGAGCCAAAGGAAGAGUCGAAGGAAGGGCUGAAGGAACAGGAAAAUAAUUCAAAUAAACCCAAUCAAGACGUUGAAAAUUUUGAAUUGUCUAAAAUGGAGAAAAAGUCAUCAGGUUUGACCCCCUAUCUUGCGUUUUGUACGUUUGUGGCUGUAUUUGGUAAUUCCCUCCUCUAUGGGUAUAACAUUGGAGUGAUCAACACUCCGGCUGAGAUUAUAAUGGACUUUUACAAUGAGACGUAUGCGGAGAGAAGCGAUAGUGCUCCAUCAAAGGAGUUUAUAACUAUGCAGUGGUCCCUCACUGUAUCACUGUUUGUUGCGUUUGGCAUGAUUGGAUCUUUUGUAUCAGGAAUGAUGGCUGAUCGAUUUGGGAGGAAGAAAAGUAUGUUGUUAAUUACGGUAAUUAUGUUUCUGGCUGCCAUUACUGGUGGAAUCACGAAAACUGCUAAGGCUCCAGAAUGUCUUAUGAUAUCCAGAAUGUUAGUUGGUCUUCACAGUGGUGUCAAUAUUGGUCUGGCAUCACUGUAUCUUGCUGAGAUUGCACCAAAAGAAAUCCGUGGUGCUGUUGGAACAUGUCACCAGUUGGCCAUCACUAUUGGCAUUUUGCUAGCCCAAAUUCUGGGUCUAGAGGAGCUUAUGGGAACUCCUGACCUCUGGCCAAUGCUGUUUGCUUUUGUGGCAUUCCCCACUUUGGUCACUUUAGUUCUGUUGCCAUUCUGUCCCGAAAGUCCGCGCUAUUUGGCCGUCAAGAAGCAGCAAAUACCAGAAGCUGAAGCAGCUCUUCGUAAACUGCGAGGUGUUUCCGAUGUUAGCGACGAGGUCGAGGAAAUGAGACUGGAAGCUAGCAAAUCGGUUGAGAAACCUUUUAAGGUCAAAGAACUCUUGGUUUCGCCAGUCCACCGAAUCCCCAUUUUGGUUGCUUGUUUGAUGAUGGUUUUUCAACAAUGGUCUGGGAUUAAUGCAGUAUUUGCAUACUCCCAAUUUAUCUUUACCCAAGCUCAGUUGGAUCAGAAAGCCAUUCCUUAUGCUAUUGUUGGGACUGGAGUGACAAAUGUCUUUGCUACCAUCAUUGUGAUACCAUUGAUGGAGAAACUCGGCCGACGUCCCCUGUUGCUUUCUCCAACUGCUAUAAUGGCCCUAGCUAUGCUUAUACUUUCAAUAUUUCUGAAUAUACAAGAAGGUUACGAAGAUGAAAAAGCUCCAAGCUGGAUGGGUUACGUCAGUAUCAUCAUUAUGUUAGUCUAUAUCAUUGGCUUUGCUGUUGGCCUGGGUCCUAUUCCGUUCAAUAUUGUGUCUGAGUUGUUCACACAAGGACCUCGUGCUGCUGCAAUGUCCAUGUCAUUGGUGUUUAACUGGGUUACAAACUUCAUCCUCCUGCUGACUUUUCCCUUCUUACAGCUAUCUAUGGGCCCUUACACAUUCAUAUUGUUCAUUGUCGUCCUUAUUGUCGCCGUGUUCUUCAUUUUCUUCUUCGUCCCGGAGACGAAAGGCAAGACUUUCGAAGAAAUCCAGCGCAUCCUGGCCGCAGGGAAAGUAUGGAAGAAACAUACACCUCUGCCGGCAGAUGAAGUUGUUGGGGAGAACGUACCUAUGGACACAACCAAAGUAUAACACAGAGAAGAAAGAAGUGGAUGAUGAGGAGGAGGAGCAGGAGCAGGAGAAGAAUACACACAUCUCCACCAUCACACACGCACACACUCGCGUCUUUGUUUUUAUGUUCUGUAGGUUAUGAAUAAUAAUAACAGCAUCAACAUUAGCAGCAGGAGCUGAAAGGUCAUUAAAUAAAGGAGGGAGGGAGGGGGGAGGAGAUGGAGUAGGUUACUUUCGAAUGUGUUCGUGCAUGCAUGCAUGUGUGAGAGUGUGUAUGUGAGGUUUCCUGUGAGAGUGAAACAUCUUUUCACCAACCACCCAGUUGUUGCUUUCUAUAGCAAACCAUCUCUCUCUCACUCCCUCUCUACAUAUAUAUAUACACACACACACAUAUAUGUGCACAUAUAUAAGCAUAAAA